GAUGGCCAAGAGCCGAGAGCUGCAAUGAGCGCUCGGGAAGGGAAUCGGCUCUCAGAGAGCAACCCUCCGUCCCCGAACAGCCACGAGGAGGCUGGAGCUGCAGAGUCUCCCUGCCUUCUAGGUCUCUGAAGCGCCCGCUCCGCUACCUUCCCCCUUCUUUUGCUUCCGCUCUUCCCUCCCCCUGCCCAACGGCAGGCGCCAAGAGAGAGGGAGCGAGAGAGCGAGGAGCUAGCGGCAGCCCUCACCAAUCCGGCCCUCCUACAUCAUGCCGGACGAGGUGACAGAGCCCUGUAGCGCCACGCCGGCCCGUGUCUCGUCCUUUUUCAUCGAGAACUUGCUCGGGGGAGAGGGCAAGGAGUUGAGUCGGGGGGAGGAGGAGGAUGAGGAAGAAGAAGAAGAAGAAGAGGAAGAGGAAGAGGAGGGGGAGGAAGACCAGGAGGAGGCGCGGCGGGAGCUAAGGCAGCUGCGGGCGGGAGCUGAGACACGGGAGAGUCGUGAGCGUUGUAUACUCGGAGCUGGAGCUGGAGCUCGAGCCGGAGCUGGGACCGGAGCCCGAGCCGAAGCUGGGACCGGAGCCCGAGCCGGCCCCUGCCUCCUGCCGCCACCCCCUGCCUGCUGCCCUGGCCCGGCCUUCGGCUUCGGAACGCAUGGCUAUGCGCUUGCGGAGAGCCCUGCUCAGUGGUACAGACGCACGCAUGCCACCUACAUCGGUUGUCACAGUCCAGACAUGCCUAGUGUAGGUGUCCUCAUCUUGAAACUCCACCUGCUUCCUUCAAUAGAGAACAACCUGGGAUUCCCUGGCAGCCAGUGGGUUUCCCUUUCCUGGGAAGCUACUGAAGAGGAAAUAGUAGAAUCUGACUUAGAGAAUCGACCUGCAGGUGAUGGGGCUGAUUCAGUGUUGGAAGAAACAACCUUGUCCCUCUUUGUCCCUUCAGCCAGUGACCGGGACUCCCCUGAGGUCGGCGAGGAGGCUGGCAGGCCGGAGAGCGGCUGCAGGCGGCGGCCAGAUGCUCCUGGGUCUGCGGAGCGCCUGGAUCGGGAGCCGGACGAGUCCGCCUGCAGUAGCAGCAGCGGCAGCGGCAGCGGCGGCGGCAGCGGACGCGGAGAGGAGGACAGGCCUGAACCGGACUCUGCUGAACCUCGGGCAGCUGGCCGCAAGAAGAAGACGCGCACGGUGUUCAGUCGCAGCCAGGUGUUCCAGCUGGAAUCCACGUUCGACGUGAAACGCUACCUGAGCAGCGCCGAGCGUGCCGGCCUGGCAGCUUCUCUGCAGCUCACCGAGACACAGGUGAAGAUAUGGUUCCAGAACCGCAGAAACAAGUGGAAGCGACAGUUGGCCGCAGACCUGGAGGCCGCGAGUUUGUCACCGUCUGCCCAGAGGCUGGUCCGUGUGCCCAUCCUCUACCACGAGAACUCACCGGCCACAGGAGGAAGCCUGGCCUUUCCUCUGUCGCCCGCUUCGGCGCCGCCCCCGCCGCCCCUCGUGGGCUUCCCGGGGGCACUUGGCUAUCCACUGGCCGCCUUCCCCACUGCCGCAGCUGCCUCUCUUCCUUUCCUGCGGCCCUCGCAGAUGCCGGGCUUAGUCUGAGACACGCUCUCUCCUCCACUCCCUCCUCCACCACAGGCUUCUGGGCUUAUUUCCCCACCCCCACUCCAUACUCCCCUAUGCUAGCUCCUUGGCCCCGUGGGAACGGUUUUUAAACGCUUUGGAAAUCGUUUCAAGUGCAAUAAAUAGAUCCAGAGAGACUGGGGAUAGAAUCAGGAGGGCCAGGGUGGGAACAGCAGCCCCUCGGAGCAGCCCUCUUGCUGCCUGCUACCAGGCUGGUUCUUCCUUCCGGGCCAGACCGCGUGCCCAAUACCGUGACUUGUUAGGAAUACCACUUCCAGACCCUUAGCCCAACCCAAGGGAACCAAACCCACCAACCCAUUCCACCCUCAAGAAGCAGGCCGGGAAUGUAAAAGGGACCCACACGCACCACAUAGAAUCGGGAUCUUAGAGGAACUAUAAACACACGAUUCACAUACCCCCAACACUGAAACAUAAUUGGAAAACUCAAAAACCAAAAGAACCAAACAUCACAACACGUAUAAGGGCGCAGCGCACGAUCAUCACACAACAGGAAAAUACCCAUCAUCUGAAAUACUGCCCUAUGUGAAAUCUCACGCAACUUACCCAAAUAGAAUGGACACACAAACGUGCUCUCCAUACUGACCACAAGAAGUGCACAUGUCCGGAAAUAAAUGCAUGAAAAGAGUACCCUAUGGUGCAUAUAACACCGGAACAUACACAAUGUUAAUAUGCCCCUCCCCCUACAGAUAACUCCAUAGCUGCGCAAAAUCGGAAAGGAAUAUGAAUAAAUGCUCAGCAUACAUAAAUACAACAUAGAAACACGCAGAAAAACACAGCACGGAUACAAGCGCAUAUAAACCCUCAUACACAGACACUCUGUUUCCUCAUAAAUAUUGACGCAUGGUUGCUGGAUUGUCCUCCGCAGGACUGUCUGAACACCCUUCGCCCCACAUUUAGGUUGCACGGGUUUGGCUGGAACCUCAUCUUCUUUACCUUCCUCCCCUCUACCCACAUAGUGGCCUUGAAGUCCCAGGUCCCCUCUCCGGGAAGAGAAGAGCCGGCAGGGGCCGGGCACUUCGAAAAUAAAGCAGCCUCAGCUUCACCGAGUUAUGGGUAUCCCAGCCCUCUGACUAAUUCAGCAGAGACCCGGAAGCCAGAGGCGGCUGCCUUGAUUUACAAAAUUGUUCUUCCAAUGGUCCGCAGGGAAAUAAAAAACAUGUCUACAGAGACUGACAGCGACUUCCUCGACUUGAUAAUGAUCAUGAUGAGGAUUCUUUCUCAGUCCAAACCCCCAAAGCCCGGAGCCUUGUUCAGCCGCCUUCCCCAGACUACCUGAAGGCCCGAGAUCUAGCACGUGAGACCUUGGUGCCAGGACAGCCUGGGGCACUCUUCCCAGACAGUGGAGCUAGGACUGGGGAUAACUGAGAGUGGAAGGAAGGGGGAGAUGUUCCGGGCUCAGGAUUUCCGACUGGAGCAGAGAAGCGCUUCACUUUCCAUUAUUUCCCCGAAGGAGCUAGUGUGUUCCGGCCUUUUUGCGCUGUGCUCAACUGUCCCAGCUGCUGAAUUGUCUCACCAGAGCCCGCAGUAUACGGAGUAUUAUGCAUGCUUCCAACGGUGUAUUUUUUCUAAUAAUCUUUUAUAAAAAAUGAUAAUAUCCCCCCAAUGCCCCACCCCCAAAUGUGGACAGUUUCCGAGUUAAGGAGUGAACUCAAUCUAUGAGCAGAAUACAAAUCUUGCAAAAAUACAAUGAUUUGAUUUAUUAAACAUUAAGUUUUUACUAUGUGCAAAUUUCUAUGGGUAAAGCAUGGUGGAAAGAAUUCUGGUCUUGGAUUCACAGGACCUUGGUUUCAGCCCUUCUCUACCAUUUACUGUGUGACCCUGGGAAAGUAAUUUCACCUCUCAAAAACGUGAUUCCUUCCACUGUAAAAUGGGAAUAAUGAUAAUACUUGCAGCAUGAUCCUCCUGGUAUUAGUGAAAAGGCAGUCAGUGCUGUGUAAAUGAAAGCUUUUUGUAAAGGCUUCAGUUUAUUGGGCCUGCAGGAAUCCAUCCAGGCAUUAUUCUAGUGUAAAGCUUUUAAGGUUAGUCCUUUGUAUCUUCACUACUACCAACAUUCCUUGGAUUGUAGAAUGCCAAAGGUGAAUAGAAUCUUAGCACAAGAUGUCAAGGUGGGGAAAGACCUUCCAAACGAUCCAAUCAAAUCUCCUUAUGCCACAAAUUUGUAAAGCUAAGGUUGGAGAGCUAAAGUGAUUUAUCCAAAAUCACCUAGUAAGUUAGUACAGAAAGUAUGACUAUAACCUGGAAUUCCCACCCCCCCCCCCCAGGGCUCUUCUCAUUCCACUCCACUGUCCUGGAGGGUCCCUCCUGGCAAACUCUGCAGGCCCUUUAAGAAGACAUGACUUCUUAGAAAAAAAUAAUCAGAUUGUCUCUUGGACCUCUUCUUGUUAGCAAUGGUGAAUGGGGGGGGGGGUAAUAGGAAGGGGGUGUAGUGCUGGAGUCAAAGAUGGAACCUACUCAGUUCAAAUGCCUUUAAUUUCUUUGACCUUCCUCUGCUUUCUCUACAGUCCAGUCCCUCACCUCCACCCCCUGUAAUUGUCCCCUGAACUGUUUCACCUCAGGAAAAACAUCAGACUGCUUCAUUCUGCUCAAGUUCCAUCAUUCCUGGUAGGGUGAUCAGCCUAGCUGGAUUGUUUUCACUCUUGCACAAAUGCCCUUGCAAUGGGGAGCCCACAUCCUUCUACCAGUCCAUCCAUUCAAUCCAAAAAGAAAGAGGAAGAUUGAAAUUGGUUGGAGUCACAGAAUGUCAGUUGAUUGUCCUCUUAGAUAUCAUGCAUUCUACACCCAUUCUAUUUACAGAGAGUGAAGCUGAAGCCUAGAGAAGGUAAUAAUUUGUCUAAGGUCACACAGCAAAUCACUGAUAGAAUCAAGACUCUUACCAGGUCUGCCUCCCAGCCCUAUGGCAUGCCUCUGUGCUCUGAAACAGCCAACCUUAUGUGUAGGCUGCAGAGGUCCUCAUCCCUGCCCCCUAAAGGCCUGAGAUACCUGCCUGGGAGCAAGACUAUUGAUCCCUGGAAAGAAAGGCAACUAGGACCCCAGAAGAUAUUGGCUUCAUUAUUUUUCAGAGGGCAGGGAUGGGGGGAAUAUAUUUCAAUUCCGUUUUGUUUGGAAAGA